CCACUCUGAUCAGGGGCGGAAUUUUGAAAGCUUGUUAAUUAAGCAGUUGUGCAGAGUGUACCACAUCCAGAAAAGUAGAACUACCCCUUAUCAUCCUCAAGGGAAUGGGCAGUGUGAACGGUUUAACCGUACCCUACAUGAUCUGCUGCGAACACUGCCAUCUGAGGAAAAGAGACACUGGCCACGUCACCUGCCACAGCUGACCUUUGCAUACAACACCACCCCUCAUCAGACUACUGGACAGACACCUCACUUCCUCAUGUUUGGCCGCCACCCAAGGUUGCCUGUGGAUUUCCUAUUGGGAACUGGUGAGAUCACACAGGACCCGGAACCACUGGAGGAAUGGGUAUCUAAGCAUCAGCAAAGUCUUCAGUUGGCACAUGAGCAUGUGAGGCAGAGGUCAAAGGAGCAGGCUCAGAGGCGUAGUAGGAACAAUAAUGAGCAAGUGAGGGAUGCUGGGUUUGAGGAAGGUCAGCUGGUGUACUUGAAGAAUCAUGUUACGGGGCGGAACAAGAUUCAGGACCACUGGAACUCCGGCAUCUUUCAGGUAGUCCGAAAACCCACAGGCACGGGAGUUGUGUAUUCGGUGGCCCCAGCCUAUGAAGAGGGGCCAAUUCGACAAGUACACCGGGUUGAGUUAAGGGCAGUCCCGGAAGAGCAGCAGCGGGGACAAGAGGAGGUAACUCCGAUAGUUCCUGAGCCCGACUCGUCUGAGUCACUAUCCUCUGACGGGGAUUCAUCAGCCGGCUUAAUAAUUCUGCGCAUGGGAGAGGAGCCCCAAGAAGCUCUUGAACCAUCAAUGUCUCCUAUUCCGGAUGAAGUAGAAGCACUACCGGUCCCGGACCUCCCACGACGCUCAGCUAGGUCUACAGCAGGCCAGCAUGCUAACCUUCAUCGACUCCCAAGGACAGUUGUGCUAAGGAGUGAUGGAGGGUCCUUGGAAUAGGACCAUUAUUUUGGCAGGGCUGCAGGCUGUCAUCGUCGGGGCGCCGAUUCAUUUGGGGGGGGUGGAUUGUAGCCCUGGCAUGUUCGGCACUCCUGUGUGUGUGUGCGUAACGGAUUAGGGCGGAGACAGGCAAUCACGGGGGCAGCUGGGGUCCUGUGGUUCAGGUAUUUAGGUAGACAGCCCGGGGUCCUUAGGGCAGGGCAGUGUGGCUAGGCUAACAGCAGAGCGAGUGACAGCGUUUGGACGAGGAGCUGUUUGUGUCAGGCAUGCACAUUGUAAAGUGUGGGACCAGCAUGGAGGAGACGCCGUGACUCCCUGUAGCGUGUUCAUUGUUGGAAAGCAGAGCUGAGGUGGUGUGCGGUGCCGUGACCGUGUUUACUGUGCAGUCCAGGGCAUAUUGGGACCACAUGAAGGUAUGUACAUCUGUCUGAUAUUUCUCGCCUAUGGUGUUUUAAAUUCAGUAUGGUAGUGACAUGAUGCCUUAUUCUCUUUGUUUGACAGCUGAGCUAGCCUCCGAUCGACACUGGUCAUUUUAUAACGCAGAUCAUACGGCACUUGGGUUGCCAGCUGCUUUUUCUUGGUUUCCUACGUGUGUUCUUUGUUUUAGUACUGUUUGUUUUUAUAUUUUUAUUUCUUUUGUCUCCGUGGUUUUGUGAUUUGUACUCCUGUUUUAUAUGCUCAAAGGUGGUCGAAGUAUGUACUGGGCUAACCGUGUGGAGUUGGGAUAUUGCUAAUUUGGGUAUCCACUAGUGUGAUUUUUGCAGUGCAAUGUAGAGUGAGUGCUAUGUGCAAUAUAGUGUGUCACUGGUUUUAAAAAUUCUUCACGUGUGGUAAGGAUAUCUUAUAUGGGACUCCCAACUCCAGCACUUUGCCCAGCAAGGUAGUGGUUUUUACUUUCUUUUAUGGAUCAAGCUGAUACGAAUACUGACAACUUCUGGGACAAUUAAUAAACUGUUUGACUUGUAUUAUUCUAA